AACUUGAUCCUUAGAUUCUUCCAUUUUUCAAUUUUUGUGGCCAUGAUAGUUCAGUGUUGUACGUAUCAUUUUCAAAAACUCCAUUUAUAACUCACUCAAAAGAAACACGACACCUAUUAACUCUUCUAUUUUUGUAUAUCAUAUGACUUCUUCAUCACCAUUAUUGUUGACAGUGCGGAGGUGCCAACCAGAGUUGGUGCCACCAGCUGCACCCACUCCUCGCGAAGUUAAACUAUUAUCUGACAUAGAUGAUCAAGAAUGUUUGCGUUUCAAUAUGCCUAUCAUAUUUAUCUAUCGUCACGAACCAUCAAUGGUAAAGAAAGACCCUGUUAAGGUUCUUAAAUGUGCACUCUCAAAAACACUUGUUUAUUACUAUCCACUUGCGGGAAGAAUUAGGGAGGGAGCUAGGGACAAAUUGAUGGUGGAUUGUACUGGUGGUGAAGGUGUCAUGUUCAUUGAAGCUGAAGCUGAUGUAACACUUAAUGAAUUUGGUGAUGCUCUUCAUCCCCCAUUCCCUUGCUUCCAAGAACUCAUAUAUGAUGUUCCAAGCACGAAACAAAUCAUUGAUCAUCCUAUUCUGCUCAUACAGAUCACACGUCUCAAGUGCGGUGGUUUCAUUGUGGGCGUAAACUGGAACCAUGCAAUUGGCGAUGCAACAGGUUUGAAACAAUUCAUGAAUGUCUGGGCAGAAAUGGCUCGAGGAGCACAUCAACCUUCCAUUCAACCAGUAUGGCGCAGAGAGAUCCUAAUGGCUAGAGACCCUCCACGCAUUACUUGCAACCAUCGUGAAUAUGAACAAAUACUUACGUCAAAUAUCAACAAGGAAGAAGAUGCUGCUACUACCAUAGUCCAUCAAUCUUUCUUCUUUACACUUUCUCACAUAGCUGCAAUCCGUCACUUGAUUCCAUUUCACCUUCGUCAAUGCAGUACAUUUGAUCUUAUCACCGCAUGUUUUUGGUGUUGCCGCACAAAAGCAUUGCAGUUAGAGCCAGAUGAAGAAGUACGAAUGAUGUGCAUCGUUAAUGCACGUUCAAGGUUUAGGGCUGACCAUUCGCCACUUGUUGGAUAUUAUGGUAACUGUUUUGCUUUCCCGGCUGCUGUCACCACCGCAGGGAAGCUUUGUGGAAACCCUUUAGGUUAUGCAGUGGAAUUGAUAAGAAAAGCAAAAGCUCAAGUUACAGAAGAAUACAUGCAUUCUUUGGCAGAUCUUAUGGUUAUUAAGGAACGAUGUUUAUUUACAACAGUAAGAUCGUGUGUUGUAUCAGACUUGACUCGUGCUAAGUACGCAGAAGUGAAUUUCGGAUGGGGUGAGGCGGUGUAUGGUGGAGUGGUAAAAGGUGGGGCUGGACCUUUACCUGGAGCAACGUAUAUAAUCCCACAUAAGAAUGCAGAAGGAGAAGAAGGUUUAAUAUUACUAAUUUUCUUAACCUCUGAAGUUAUGAAGAGGUUUGCUGAAGAGUUAGAUAAGAUGUUUGGUAAUCAAAAUCAACCUACAACGAUUGGUCCUAGUUUUGUCAUCUCUACCUUAUAGUUUGCGAUGUUCCAUUAGAUAAGUUAAAUAAAUUUGUUGGCUUAUGGCAAUAUCUGAAAAUGACAGACCAAUUUAUUAUGGUAAUAAGUUAAAACUUUCCACAGUAUGUAGUCAAUAAAAGUUGGUAACUGGGACUUUUGGUGUCA